AUGUCAUCUUCGGAUAUCUUUGAUGUUUUGAAUAUCCAAAGAACUGGUAGUCCGGGCUCUUCUGGAGCUACUCCAGCACCAAGUCGGACUCCUAAAGCUCAGGUCAGUGGAAUGCAGAGAGAACUGUAUAAUCUCCUGGGAGACAACACACCUCCAGUGGCUAUCCAAAAAAGUACGAAAUUCAAAGACAAGCUGCGCGCCAUGGCAAAACCAUCUCCAUGGACUUUCGCCGAAUUUCAACCUUCGCCGCACGUAAAACUACAACAUUGGGUAAAGGGCUCUAAAGAGUUGGUAGGUCAGCAGCCACAGACUAAUACAUUUGGAAAGUACAAUACGGAACUAACGAUUCCUACCUUCACUAAAGAGGAAUACGAUAGUUUCAUGGGAAGUACACAUGAGCAAAUUGGGAGCGAAAAGUGGGAAUACUCUGAAAUUGAAGGGCUCUUCAAUCUGUGUCGAAAAUAUGACUUGCGUUGGUUUGUCAUACAAGAUCGUUACGAAGGAAAAGGAGGAAGAACCCUCGAAGACAUAAAGGAGAUUUUUUAUUAUGUUUGUCACCAAUACUUUCUGAUGAAAAGCCCUGACAAUCCACUAGUACCAUCUCUAAACUUCUCAAAAGAAAAAGAAGUAGAGCGGAAGAAAUAUUUACAGAGGCUUCUUUCAAGAUCAGCUGCCGAAAUUGCUGAAGAAGAAGCUUUGAUCGUCGAGUCCAAGAAGUUCGAAAUGGCAGCGAAAAGGACAUCCAGCGAAAGAGACAGUCUAUUGCGUCUUUUAGACUCGCCAAAUGCUGAUAAGCCUAUCGGACAGUUUUUAACUUCUCAAGGUAUGACUCAGCUAUACAAUAGUCUUCUCUCGGAUAAAAGCAAGAAGCGCAAGCACGAUCAAGUUGUUCCUGAAAAUCCUUGGAUGAAACAGCAGCAGCAAUUUGCGCAACAAAAACAACAGAUGCAGCAGUUACACGAUCAAAAGGUUAGCAGUAGUAGUAACAGCAACAAUAACAGUAACAGUAAUAGUAACAGUCAGAAUGCAGUGAAGAAGACCAAAAAACAAAAGCAAGAAAUGCAGAUAGCUGUAAAGAGGAAGGCGGACAGUGAGUAUGCAGAACAGCUUCUCAAAAGCUUUACAGCAGAUGAACGAAAAUCCAUGGGAGUUCAACUGCACGGUGAAAAGCUACCAUCUGGUGCGUACUUGAGAUCCACCAGAAUAUCUACUUUCAAGGCAGCUACCCAAGGCAAGAUCGCAACAACUUUGCAAGAAUUGGGGCUCCCAGCUAGACCUGCGAUGCCCACAUAUGAAGUGAUAAGAUAUCAUGAGGCGCUACUCAGCCGAAUUAACAAUCUACUGGAUUUGAAAAAGCAGGUGGAUAAGCUGGAAGCAGAGAGAGAUAUCAAAAACUGA